UAUUUCCUUUUGGGUAUAGCACUUGAGCCAACGCCAUUGUUACACCACCAACUCCAUAACUGCAUUACUGAAGCUUAACGGCGUGGCCAUAAUUUUGAAGCAUUAUAAAAUUCUAGCCACUUUGCUUUACCAUUCUCUAUCUUUUGUGAUCACUAAGCUAGCAGCAGCUCCAAGCCUCCAACAUGGGAGGAUACUGUAACUCCCCUUCUUCUUCCAUAGACAGCAGCUGUGACCCUGACCUCAGCACAUCUUCCAUCUUUGAGCAAAGGAGAGACUUGAGCACUGAGCUAAGGCUAGGCCUUAGCCUCUCUUCAUCCUCUUUACAACACAACUCUCAUAAGGAAAAGGAUCCACUUUCUGACUGGCCACCAAUCAAACCACUUCUUAGGAGCACACUCGAGGGCAAAGCGCAUCAGAGUAACUCUGAGACAUUCUUUGUAAAGGUUUACAUGGAGGGAGUUCCAAUUGGCAGGAAACUCGACUUGUUCGCGCAUGAUGGCUACGAUGAUCUGAUAAAGUCCCUUCGUCGAAUGUUUAGGACGACGAUCACAUGCUCCCAUGUUUCCCAAGUGCCACUAGAGAAGAGCCAUGUGCUGACUUACGAGGACGAAGAGGGAGAUUGGAUGAUGGUCGGAGAUGUGCCAUGGGAGUUGUUCUUGAGCACCGUCAAGAAAUUGAAGAUCACUAGAGUUGACAAAUGCUAGUGUUCCUCUCUCAAUUCCAUUUUUUGUUUGUUUUCUUUUAAGGUUUGUUCUCAUCGUAAAGAGUUAUUCUUGGUUACUUGUAAGAGCACACAAAUGGUAUAUUGUAUUUAGGCUGUGUUAGUUUAUUUCACGGAAAAUAUUUUUUAAUACUUAUAUUUUUUAAUAAAAAAAAUUCUAUUCUUUAUAUA